AUGGAUUAUUCAGCCGCAUCUACUGGCCAGCUCAGGGUCUUCAAGAAAAAUGACUUUGAAAACGACUGGACUAGAGUGGCAGAAGGAAAAUUCAGCAAUGUUUAUCAAGUCAAGAUCAAGAUUUGGCGUGAAACAUUUGCCCUGAAAGUCUACGACACAACUGAUGGUAUGAACCACCUUCACAGGAAAGUAAUGGAGGAUGUAUCCAACAUAGUCAAAGUGAAAUUCAAGUACAUAGUGGCAGUCUAUGGAAAGUGCAAUGAUGUGCCUGCCAUUGUAAUGGAGUACAUGAGCAAUGGGUCACUGGGAAAUCUUAUAAACAAUACCAACCUUAUGUGGCCCAAGAAGUUCCAGAUGAUUCACGAGAUCUCCAUGGGCAUGAAUUUUCUCCAUAGCUUGAAACCUUCACUAUUCCAUCUCAACUUGAAACCAUCCAACAUUCUACUGGAUGACCAUCUCCAUGUCAAGAUUUCAGACUUUGGUUUAAUCCACUGGGAAGCGGGGACAAACAAGAAGCUGUUCUUGGAGCAUCUGACAGUUAGAGGGAACAUAAACUACGUCCCUCCUGAGAUUUUCAGUCAGUCCUGUGAUCCUCCCGGAUUUUCCUUCGAUGUUUACAGUUUUGGAAUUAUAAUCUGGGUGAUUCUGACACAACAGAAACCUUACACAGGGUGCAGCAUGACCACCGUGCUCUUAAAUGUCUCACAAGGCAGGAGACCCUGCCUGGAGAUCAUUCCUGAACAUAGGCCAUUUCAGUGUGGUGAGAUGAUAAACAUCAUGAAGCAGUGCUGGGAUCAGGAUGAAAAUAAGAGGCCACCUUUCUCAGAAACUGUGAGGCACACGGAAGCCCUGAGUGAAGUUUUGAAGAUCCCAGGACCAAUUGAUUGUCACAAGAGCGGUGCAAACGGAUGGAGUUUGGAACCCCAACAUCCAUGUGUUACAACUUAUGAAAUUCCUUCACCUGAGUUGCCUGACCUUCCUACAGAGGAACAAUCAAGCAAGGAUAGAGUGCUUUCGCUGCUCCUUAGGAAGAACUUCGGUAGUUUUCGAACGUCGGUGAAACGGGAGCAUGUCAGCACGCAGUUCAUAGGUACAAAGAGUCUCCUGCACUACACGGUAGCCAGCGGGGAUGCAGAGAGCGUGGAGCAUGUCCUGAGUCUGGGUGCUGAAGUCAACUGCGUCAUGGCCAAAGGGUACACACCGCUGAUUGUUGCUGUCCUCAAUCGGUUUCAUGAUAUCAUGUUGUUACUGCUGGAGCACGGCGCUGAUCCUAGGUUGGGAGACGAUGACCAGUGGAGUGCCAUUCAUUUUGCGUCGCAGAACGGUGAUGACAGAGCCGUACGCCUGUUGUUGGACAAAGGGGCCUUGGCAGAUGCCUGUGAAAAGUCAGGAUGGAUGCCCCUUCACUUGGCAUGCCAGAAUGGCUAUGAAACAGUCGUCCGCUUGUUGCUGACACGGCUGUCUGUCAAGGCGAUCGGGGAGCAGGAGAAGAUGCAGGAAAGGACGCCGCUUCACCUGGCUGCCGCUUACGGACACAUCAAUAUAACCAAACUGCUCCUUUCUCAGGGAGCCAAUCCCAACGCAACUGACUGCUCCCUUUCCACUCCUCUUCACUUGUCAGCCGAGGCAGGGCAUAACAGAAUUGUACGACAGUUGGUGCAGAGUGGGGCUGCGGUCGAUAUUGCGGACAAAAGAGGGCACACUCCGCUUCACCUGGCAGCUCUUAAUGGCCACAAAGGCAUAUGUAGGCAGCUGCUUACAAACGGAGCUAGCCCAGACUGCAGGACCCACAAUGGCUGGACCGCCAUGCACUUGGCAGCUAUAAAGCGACAUGAAACCACCAUGGAGGAACUGAAAAGUCUAGGUGCGAAUGUGAAUGCUCCUGGUGAGAAUCAAUGGACCCCGCUUCACCUUGCCUGCCAGCAGAGUGAGGCCGAAAUGGUGGCCAGGCUCCUGGCUGCCCAAGCCGACCCGAACGUGACCGAGAGCAGUCAACAGUGGACGCCGUUACAUCUGGCCUGUGCCAGCCUCAGCUUCCCUAGUGUCCUCCGUUUGAUUUCUCAUCAUGCUAAUGUGAAUGCUGCGAGCGCAGAAAAAGCAACACCUUUGCACCUUGCUGCUCAGCAUGGUAACGUGCCCAUUGUUAAGGCACUACUGCUAAAUGGUGCAGACAGAACUCUACGAGACUCUUCUGGAUCGACGCCUGCCGAAGUGGCCCAGAGACAUGGAAAAUAUGAAAUUGUGCAAUUAUUGGAGGAAUAA